AUGUCGUCCUUUUUAAGUGGAGGUGGAAAAGCAUAUAGAUUAGACCUUGAGAUUAUUAAAUCUCCAUCAACAUCUUGGACUUCGAUUUCGUCUUCUCCAUCUUCAACUCUCUCUGAAUCCAGCAAUUCCCCUCUUGCAAUCUCCACAAGAAAACCUCGAACCCCUCGAAAAAGGCCUAACCAAACUUACAAUGAGGCAGCAGCAAUUCUUUCCACAGCCUACCCCAAAUUAUUCUCCAACAAGUUCACAAAGCCUUGCAAAUUCAACAAACCACAUAGUAAAAACAACGAUAUCGCAUUUCCAUACGGGCCCUCGGACUUGGUUUUAAUCGAUAAUUCCGGCUUCUUCAUGCAUCCACCAAUACAAGAAAAGCCCACCUUGCCAAUCGAGUCGAAAGGGGCUGAUUCCUUUGAAAGGCCAUGCCAAAGUCCGGGAGAAAUCAAUUCCAGAGUGAAUUCGGUGGAACUCUGCGAUGAGUUUCAUGAAGAUUUCGAUGCAGAGUCGAUACUAGACGAGGAAAUUGACGGUGGUAUUGAUAGUAUAAUGGGAAAUUUGAGGACUGAAAAUGAGUCGGUGGAUGAUUCCAAUACUUAUAUUAGCCAAAUGAAUAAUUUUGUUUAUGGUUAUCCAAUAGGCCUAGGAUUUGAAUAUGCAUUUGAUUUUGGAUUUGGUAUGAGAAAUGCAGUGAGGGCAAUGAAAACUGUUGAUGAGGGAGAUUGGUGGAGGUUCCCUAGUGUAAAUGUUCUUGAUAUCAAUCCAAAAAUGGUUAAAAAUCCUGCAGAAAAGAAGAAAAUGAAAAUCGAAAAGCCAUCGGAAAUCGAGAAUUCCAAAUUAGGGGGGGAGAAAACGAUUUCCAAUGGAACCAUCGAGCACAACUUGGCUAAGAAAGCAUCUAAAGAUGAGGAAAUCGCCAAACCAAAUGCAGGGUUGCUCCUAAAAUUGAACCAUGACAAAGUUUUGAACGCGUGGUCCGAUAAGGGGUCGCCAUUUUCCGGUGAAGCUCCAGGCUCCGACGCUGCCGGCAAUGAUGUUCAAGCUCGGUUGGCCCAAAUAGACUUGUUCUCCGACGCUGGUGGAGUGAGAGAGGCCAGUGUGUUACGUUACAAAGAAAAGCGUCGAACACGUCUUUUCUCUAAGAAGAUCAGAUAUCAAGUCAGAAAAGUCAAUGCCGAUCGACGGCCUAGAAUGAAGGGACGCUUUGUUAGAACACCAAAUUCUCCCGGGAGUGAGCAAUGA